GACGCUGAGAGAGGCACAGGGGUUGGACUGACGAGCCGUCAGCCAUAUUACAUACACUUGCACAGUUGGGAGCUGCUUAGAAAAAAAGAGAUUGGAUUCCCAGCCCCCUCCCCAAAAAAAUAAAAAAUAUGUCAUAGCAAAAAUAUAAAUAUUUACAGCAUAUUCUUGUGAGCAAGCCGCUGCAGAUGCAAGACUUUGCGACAGAGCCGUGGACGAUACUGAAUAACAAGCCGCUGCCAAACCCAAGUGGAAAGUACAGAUUUGUUUCGGAUUAAAAUAAAUGGGACCGGCUGGGCCUCGAUUCUGAAAACAAGGAACCCUGCGUUGCCUCCAGUCAUCACUACAGCAUAUCUAGAACAAUGCCGGAUUGAUUUGGAUUGUGCAAGUCUGAGCUGUUCCUUUCUCGCCACGUCUAGAUCCAUCUUUUUUUCCCAGUUUCACGUAAGGCUUUGCACUCAUCUGUUUUGGUCUUUUCUUCCGAGUGAAAUUGUCGCGAUUCUUGUUGCUGAAACAUGUCAGCGAAGGUGAGGCUGAAGAAGUUGGAGCAGCUUCUCCUUGAUGGUCAUUUGAAGAAUGAAAGUUCUCUCAGCGUCGAGACGCUCUUGGAUAUUCUGAUCUGUUUAUAUAACGAAUGCAGCAAUUCGCCCCUCAGAAGAGAAAAGAAUGUGUCUGAGUUUCUGGAAUGGGUGAAACCUUUCACAACCGCAGUGAAGGAAAUGAGGCUCCACAGAGAUGACUUUGAAAUGCUGAAGGUUAUUGGCAGAGGAGCAUUCGGUGAGGUUGCUGUUGUGAAAAUGAAGAACACAGAGCGGGUUUAUGCAAUGAAGAUCCUGAACAAAUGGGAAAUGCUGAAACGAGCUGAAACUGCCUGUUUUCGAGAGGAGCGCAAUGUUUUAGUGAAUGGAGAUUGCCAGUGGAUCACCACGUUGCACUAUGCCUUCCAGGAUGAUAACUAUUUGUAUUUAGUGAUGGACUACUACGUCGGAGGGGACCUGUUGACAUUACUCAGCAAGUUUGAAGAUCGCCUGCCUGAAGACAUGGCCAAGUUUUACCUGGCAGAAAUGGUUCUGGCCAUUCAUUCCAUUCACCAGCAUCAUUAUGUGCACAGAGAUAUAAAGCCAGACAACGUUCUUCUUGAUAUGAAUGGGCAUAUCCGCCUGGCUGACUUUGGCUCCUGCUUGAAGAUGAUGGACGAUGGGACAGUGAAGUCCUCGGUGGCGGUGGGCACUCCCGACUACAUCUCCCCAGAGAUCCUGCAGGCUAUGGAGGACGGGAUGGGGAAGUACGGGCCCGAGUGUGACUGGUGGUCUCUGGGCGUGUGCAUGUAUGAAAUGCUUUAUGGAGAGACGCCGUUCUACGCAGAGUCGCUGGUAGAAACAUACGGGAAGAUUAUGAAUCAUGAAGAGCGCUUCCAGUUCCCAUCUCACAUCCCCGACGUCUCCGAGGAGGCCAAGGACCUGAUCCAGCGGCUCAUCUGCAGCAGGGAGAGGCGGCUGGGCCAGAGUGGGAUGGAAGACUUCAAGCAGCACCCCUUCUUCAGUGGGAUUGACUGGGGCAACAUUCGAAACACAGACGCCCCCUACAUCCCAGACGUCAGCAGCCCCUCGGACACGUCCAACUUCGACGUGGACGACGACGUUCUGAAGAACCCGGAUGUCGUGCCACCAGGGUCUCAUACUGGCUUUACUGGACUACACUUACCCUUUGUAGGUUUUACGUACACCACUGAAAGCUGCUUCUCUGACAGAGGCUGUUUAAGGAGAGUCCUGCACUGGGACGGUGCUCCCUCGGAGGGAGGCCUGGAGAACAGCGUGCAGGUGGAGGGGUACGAGAGGAGGAUCAAGAGGCUGGAGCAGGAGAAGCUGGAGCUCAGCCGCAAACUGCAAGAAUCUACACAAGCUGUACAAUCGCUGCACGGCUCAGGCCGAGGAUUAGGAGCUGCAAAUAGAGAUAAAGAAAUAAAGAAACUCAAUGAAGAAAUAGAGAGACUGAAGAAGAAAUUAGCAGAUUCCGACCGGCUGGAACAUCGGCUGGAGGAAGCUGUAACUCUUCGGCAGGAAUUCGAAAGCUCUUCAGGGAAGAUGAAAGCACUUGACAAGCAGGUCAAAGCACUGAAACAGGAGAAAGAAGAGAUUCACAAGCAACUCGUGGAAUCUUUAGAGAGGCUGAAGUCUCAGACCAAGGAGCUGAAGGACGCCCACCAGCAGAGGAAGCUGGCCAUGCAGGAGUUCUCGGAGCUGAACGAGCGGAUGGCUGAGCUGCGCUCUCACAAGCAGAAGCUCUCACGCCAGCUCCGUGACAAGGAGGAGGAGAUGGAGGUGGUCACGCAGAAAACCGACUCCAUGCGGCAGGAGAUCCGCAGGACAGAGAAGGCCCGAAAGGAGCUGGAAGCUCAGCUUGAAGACGCCUCAGCCGAGGCAUCAAAGGAGCGCAAGCUGCGAGAGCACAGUGACAGCUACGCUAAACAGCUGGAGAGCGAGCUGGAGGCACUCAAGGUGAAGCAGGGGGGUCGGCUGGCUGGAGUGAAUCUGCACACAGAGCAGGAGCUGUGCAAGCUGCGCUCAGAGCUGGAUAAGAAGAUCCUGUUCUAUGAGGAGGAGCUGGUGAGACGGGAGACCUCCCACAGCAUAGAGCUGAAGAACCUGAGGAAGGAGCUGCAGGACUCGGAGGGGCAUCAGCUCACCCUGAACAAAGACCUCCUGAUGCUGAAGGACAAGUUGGAGAAGGCAAGAAGGGACAGGCAAAGCGAGAUGGAGGAGGCUGUUGGGACAUUGAAAGACAAGUAUGAGAGGGAGAGGACCAUGCUGACUGAAGAUAACAAGAAACUAACAAGCGAGACGGACAGGCUCUGCUCAUUUGUGGAUAAGCUGACUGCCCAGAACAGGCAGCUGGAAGACGAGCUUCAGGACCUGGCUGCGAAGAAGGAGUCAGUCGCCCAUUGGGAAGCUCAGAUUGCAGAGAUCAUACAGUGGGUGAGCGAUGAGAAGGAUGCCAGGGGAUACCUGCAAGCUUUAACCUCUAAGAUGACAGAGGAGCUGGAAUCACUGCGCAACUCUAAUCUGGGAUCCAGGACUCUGCAGAGUACAAACAGCCCAUUUCAGAGGUCUUUGAUCCCAAAUGUUGGAGAUAAGUUGGACCCCCUUUGGAAGGUCCGGCGCAGCCAGAAGCUCGACAUGUCCGCCCGUCUGGAGCUGCAGUCGGCUCUGGAUGCAGAGAUUCGUGCCAAACAGCUGGUACAGGAAGAGUUAAGAAAUGUCAAAGCUGCCAACAUCUCCUUCGAGAGCAAACUGAAGGAAUCCGAGGCAAGGAGUCGGGAGAUGCAGGAGAAGCUGGAGAUUAUGAAGAAGGAUCUGGAGGAGAGCAGAUUCCGAACAGACAAAGGGUUGAAGCUCCCGGACUUUCAGGACUCAAUCUUUGAGUACUUCAACACUUCUCCUCUCGCUCAUGACUUAACAUUCAGAGAUUCUGUCUCUUCUUCAUCUGCGUCCUCUCUGCUAGCGUUUUGGGAUGAAACCAGCUCUAUUAGUGAGCUCGACACAUCGCUGCUAAAGCCUGAAGUCUCCCCCACCCUUUGUGUGGCGACAGCACCAGAUGAGCCAGUUAAGCCACUGCAAGCGGCUCCUGCUGCUGCUUCCCCUGUCUUCCAGGCGACGUCGUUGAGUUUACCAAAGCCUAAAGCCCAUGAGCUCAGUAUCAAGACAUUCUCCAGUCCCACCCAGUGCACCCAUUGCACUUCCCUGAUGGUGGGGUUAAUGCGCCAGGGCUACGCCUGCGAUGUGUGUUCCUUCAUCUGCCACGUGUCCUGUAGGGACAAUGCCCCCCUGGUCUGCCCAAUCCCUCCAGAGCAAGCCAAGAGACCCCUGGGGAUCGAUGUGCAGAGAGGCAUAGGCACAGCUUACAAGGGCUACGUCAGGAUCCCAAAGCCCACAGGAGUGAAGAGAGGCUGGCAGCGUGCUUAUGCCGUGGUGUGUGACUGUAAACUCUUUCUGUAUGAUGUUCCUGAAGGGAAGUCCACUCAGCCUGGAGUUGUAGCCAGCCAAGUCCUGGAUCUCAGAGAUGAAGAGUUUUCUGUGAGCUCUGUGCUGGCGUCGGAUGUGAUCCAUGCAACUCGAAAGGAUGUGCCGUGUAUAUUCAGGGUGACGUCGUCUCUCCUGAGCUCCCCUCCCAAGACCUGCUCCCUCCUGGUUCUGGCUGAGAGCGAGGCAGAGAAGAGGAAAUGGGUUGGAAUCCUUGAAGGGCUGCAGAACAUCCUGAAGAAGAACCAGCUGAGGAACAGGGUGGUGCAUAUUCCACAAGAAGCCUACGAUAGCACCCUGCCUGCUAUUAAAGUGACCUUGUCUGCUGCUGUUGUAGACCGCGAGCGAAUCGUGCUUGGCACGGAGGACGGUCUGUAUGUUGUGGAAGUCACAAGAGAUGUGAUCGUGCGAGCUGCUGACUGCAAGAAGGUGUACCAGAUCGAGCUGAUUCCCAAAGAGAAGAUCAUUGUCCUGGUGUGUGGCCGGAGCCACCAUGUCCACCUGCUCCCCUGGGCCGCCCUGGACGGGGGCGACACGAACUUCGACAUCAAGCUCCCGGACACCAAGGGCUGCCAGGCUCUGAUCACGGGCGCCCUGCGGCCCGGCGGGCCCACCUGUCUGCUGGUGGCGGUGAAGAGGCAGGUGCAGUGCUACGAGAUCAGCAGAACCAAACCCCAUCACAGGAAGCUGUGUGAGGUGCAGGCCCCGGGCAGCGUGCAGUGCAUGGCCCUGCUGAGAGGGCGGCUGUGUGUGGGCUACCCCUCGGGAUUCUGCCUGCUCAGUGUCCAGGGGGAGGGGCCCACCACCAGCCUGGUGAACCCCAGCGACGGCUCGCUGGCCUUCCUGGGACAGCAGCCCCUGGACGCUCUGCUCAUUGUGGAGGUCGGGCCGGAGGAGAAUCUGCUCUGCUUCAGCCAGCUGGGCGUCUACGUGGACCUGCAGGGGAGGAGGUCACGCACACAGGAGCUCAUGUGGCCAGCCACGCCUCUGGCUUGCAGCUCCUCCUCCUCCUACCUGACAGUGUACAGUGAGUACGGGCUGGAUGUCUUCGAUGUGAACAGCAUGGAGUGGAUCCAGACCAUUGCUCUGACCAAGAUCCGCCCGCUGAACGUGCCGGGGACUCUCAACCUGCUCAGCUCCGAGCAGCCCAGGCUCAUAUACUUCAGCAGCAGCUAUUCAGAAGCUGCUGACCUUGCCGUGCCGGAGACCUCUGAUAACAGCAAGAAGCAAAUGGUGCGAACCCGGAGCAAGAGGAGGUUUGUGUUCAAGGUGCCGGAGGAGGAGAGGCUGCAGCAGCGCCGGGAGAUGCUCAGAGACCCGGGACUGAGGUCCAAGAUGAUCUCCAACCCAAUAAACUUCAAUCACGUGGCUCACAUGGGGCCAGGCGAUGGGAUGCAAGUGCUCAUGGAUCUCCCAUUGCAGAAUGAAUUUCCUUCCCCCUCAUCCUCUCGACACCAUGCUUUGAUCUCUCCUCCAAUCAGCUUUGAGCACGUCUAUCACAUGAGCCCUAUUUGUGCUGAAAUCUAUCUUCAGAAAGACCAUUCCUCACUGCAAGGCCUCCCACUGCUCUCCUCCUCUUCCUCUCCCUCCACCUCUUCCUUAGCAAGGAGCGUGUUGCCACCAUCGCAGGAGGAACCGUGCAGAGAGAGACCUCGGCCCGUCUCAUCCAGCAUGUCCCGCCAUCAUCAACACAGCAGGAGCAAAACCUACAUCACCCAGACCGCUUCAGGAGGGGGGGAAUUCGGUGGUGCCGUGUCAUCCUCAUCCCGAAGCAUCUCCGACCCUGACCAGGAUUUCGAGAAGGAGCCGGACUCGGAUUCAACGAAGCACUCAACCCCUUCCAACAGCUCCAAUCCCAGCAGCCCCCCAAGCCCCAACUCCCCCCACAGGAGCCAGCUGACUCUGGACGGCCUGGAUCACUCCACCUUCGACGUGUGAGGCAGGAGGGGCCGUCUCUCAGACGCAUCCCACUGCCAGAGCUCUGCAGAAACACACGAUGCAUACGAGACAGCAAGCAUCCACACUGCUCCAAUUGAACUUGUAUUGCUGCAAGAAAGUGCCAAGAAUACUAACAUUUUUAGUUUUUGUCUUUUGUUUAGUUUUCUCCUCUCUCUCUGCCCGUUGAUUUUGAUCAGCAUCCUGUAGUCCAUGUUGUUAGUCCCUGCUUGUAUUAGCUUUCUGUCAGCCUUGGUGCUGCGUGUCUGUGGAGCAAACUAAUCCAUGCUGGGAGAUUCUUGUUGUGUCGUGUUAGCCUUGGUGCUGUGUGUCUGUGGAGCAAACGAAUCAAUGCUGCGAGAUUCUUGUAGUGUCGUUAGCCUUGGUGCUGCGUGUCUGUGGAGAAAACGAAUCCAUGCUGGGAGAUUCUUGUAGUGUUGUGGAGCUCCUGACAGCAGAAUCCUAAACGUUGUAUUAAUCAUGGAGUGAGUGAGAGGUUAGGCAUUGCAAUAUUUUUUCUUGCUGUGAAGAAAAGAACCUGCCAAACUACUGUAUCCAGUGUUGUGAGCAUUACAGGAGGGAGAAGCAAAUGUCUUCUGCUGCUUCUCUCAUCUUCACACUUGAAACAGACAGUGAUGAGCCAAGCUGUUUACUGGAGUCACCUACACCGCUUGAGCCGCAGUGUAAUUACAGGCUAAAGAAAGACCCAUCCAUUGGGCUGGUUAACAACAUUACAGGCUAAAGAAAGACCCAUCCAUUGGGCUGGUUAAUAACAUUACAGGCUAAAGAAAGACCCAUCCAUUGGGCUGCUUGGGCUGGUUAAUAACAGGACGUCUUUCCAUUGCCUGUAAAUGCUAACUUUAUACUUUUCAUACGAAGGAUGUUUUGACUUGCAGAUUUCAGUUUGUCUAUUGGUUGAUUUCAAGCGUAAUAUAAAUUUCAUUCCCUGAUUUAACUUUAUAAAUAAGUUAAUAAACGAACGUCAUUUCAUUCCGAUUUCACUUUAUAAAUAAGUUAAUAAACGAACGUCAUUUCAUUCUGAUUUCACUUUAUAAAUAAGUUAAUAAACGAACAUCAUUUCAUUCUGAUUUCACUUUAUAAAUGGCAAUGGCGGUGUUGUUUAGCAGCGGUUUCAUUUGUGAAUAAAGAACACAGCAGUAUAUCACUCACUGGAUCUCCUUAAAGCAGAUCAUUCAUGAGAUUUCUUACUUCUCUUAACAGAAAUGACCCCAGAGCCACAGAAUAAGUGUGUUACUUUACAGGAAGUGACCUUCUCCCUAGACCAGUGCUAAUUUCAGAUCCCUCUCUGUAUUCCUAGUCGUACAGCUCUUCUUCUCCGCUUUUACAAUGAAAACAAUUAAAUAACCCUUUUAUGGCAUAUUUUGGAGUAUUCAGGGUUUAUGCAACACCAGUAGACACUACUGUGAAUUUUCAGUAACGUUUUUGUUAACAUGGUAAUCUUUUUAAAUGUUUUUUUUUUUUGUUGGUAUAAUCUACAGUGUAUAGACAAACCACUGCUUCUGACAAGAGAUGUAAAAAUGCUUUAAAAAGUGAUGAUUUCACAAGACGAUCACAGCACCAUUUUCAUAGGAUUUAUUAAAAGUGAACAGACGCUGCUUUACAUUUUAUUUGAUUUGCUACAUAAAAAUAUGCAUGGACCCCCCCCCCCCCCCCUUCUGUCUACACAGUGACGCUGGCUUGUGUAUAUUUAACUCCUGUACACUGCGCAGUGGGACAGUCUUCUGUCUACACAGUGACGCUGGCUUGUGUAUAUUUAACUCCUGUACUCUGCGCAGUGGGACAGUCUUCUGUCUACACAGUGAUGCUGGCUUGUGUAUAUUUAACUCCUGUACACUGCGCAGUGGGACAGUCUUCUGUCUACACAGUGACGCUGGCUUGUGUAUAUUUAACUCCUGUACACUGCGCAGUGGGACAGUCUUCUGUCUACACAGUGACGCUGGCUUGUGUAUAUUUAACUCCUGUACACUGCGCAGUGGGACAGUCUUCUGUCUACACAGUGACGCUGGCUUGUGUAUAUUUAACUCCUGUACACUGCGCAGUGGGACAGUCUUCUGUCUACACAGUGACGCUGGCUUGUGUAUAUUUAACUCCUGUACACUGCGCAGUGGGACAGUCUUCUGUCUACACAGUGACGUUGGCUUGUGUAUAUUUAACUCCUGUACACUGCGCAGUGGGACAGUCUUCUGUCUACACAGUGACGCUGGCUUGUGUAUAUUUAACUCCUGUACUCUGCGCAGUGGGACAGUCUUCUGUCUACACAGUGACGCUGGCUUGUGUAUAUUUAACUCCUGUACACUGCGCAGUGGGACAGUCUUCUGUCUACACAGUGACGCUGGCUUGUGUAUAUUUAACUCCUGUACUCUGCGCAGUGGGACAGUCUUCUGUCUACACAGUGACGCUGGCUUGUGUAUAUUUAACUCCUGUACACUGCGCAGUGGGACAGUCUUCUGUCUACACAGUGACGCUGGCUUGUGUAUAUUUAACUCCUGUACUCUGCGCAGUGGGACAGUCUUCUGUCUACACAGUGACGCUGGCUUGUGUAUAUUUAACUCCUGUACACUGCGCAGUGGGACAGUCUUCUGUCUACACAGUGACGCUGGCUUGUGUAUAUUUAACUCCUGUACACUGCGCAGUGGGACAGUCUUCUGUCUACACAGUGACGCUGGCUUGUGUAUAUUUAACUCCUGUACACUGCGCAGUGGGACAGUCUUCUGUCUACACAGUGACGCUGGCUUGUGUAUAUUUAACUCCUGUACACUGCGCAGUGGGACAGUCUUCUGUCUACACAGUGACACUGGCUUGUGUAUAUUUAACUCCUGUUCCUAGUAUAAUACAUUUCAUCAAAAUGUUUGUAACAAUAUUUUAUUAGACGCUUGUAAUUUAAGGCCAUGGUUGGCAUAUCCAGUUUGUCACUCUAGUGUGUCUCUUGUGCCAUUUCCAUGCCAGUAUGCGGUCAUGUCUGAUUGGUCGGCUGGUUCUUCAGUCGUGCGCUGUGUUGAACCGGCACAUGGUGUUCGCUGAAGGAAGCUGUUCUUUCAUUUCAACAUUCACGUUGUUCUUCACCCGUCUGAACACAAGGCGCUUGUGUUUUUUCUGUUAAUUAUGGGAUGCUCAGUUUGGAGUCGAAACUCCACGGCUUUCUUUCCUUUUUGGAUGGAAGUGGAAAUCGUUGUAAUUAUUGAAUUGAGCAGAUUCUGAACAGACAAUAAACAAAGAGGGAGCUA